GUUUUGAAAAAGAGAAAGAUGGUCAGUCCCGGCGCUUGAUCGCAUAUGACGCAUCUUAAGCGGCUCACGUCCGAUACUAAUUAUACAGAUAAUAUCACUAGACUUAAUCGAUUUAAUUAAUAAUUCUGCACCUAAUUAACAUAAUGAAAUGAACACUAGAAUGAAUUCGUUGCUAAGUUGUGAUUUAUAGCGUUUCUGACGUAAAGUGUAAAUACAAUAAUUACUUAUAUUAGGCAACAGGGAGUACCGAUGGCAGUCAGCGUAUCUUUCCACAAAAAUGUCUCUCUUCUUACGCAACUUGUGUCCCCGAACGAAGCUUUUAGACGGCAUUUUCGAGAGGGAAUGUUUGACAAGCCGAACACUACAGGCUUCAUUCACGUAUCUCACUAUCUCCUUACGAUAUAUGAUUCGGAACGGUUUAGAAAAUUGGUGGAGUGGCCAAUAGUUUGUAAGAAGAGUGAGAGCAAGUACAGAAGCGAUGUUAAAGAUUUUAUAGGCAUCGUUGCAACCGAGCAUCCCGAGGCUGGCCUUCCCUCAAUAUUGGGCACGUAUUUGUUGCACGCUGGAGGUACAAAGUUUAUCAACGUCAUGUGGAAGCUCUCACAGGUUGUCCUUUAUGUAUAUAUCAAACGUGAAUCGGAUAGCAAUGUACUCAUGGCACCACAAUCCGGGAUUACAGACGAAGUAACUAAGAAGCUGUUAAUCAAUACCACUUCAGAUAUACAUAAAAACAUUGAGGAGAUGAACAGCCGAUUUUCUAAGACUGAGCGAAGGGCUAGAAGCUUUGUCGAGGAUCAGGUCAAUGAUAUAAACGACUUUCAGAAUGAGACAUUCGAAAAAAGACAAGCAAUAUCUGAACUUGCUGCAAAUGCAAUAGUAGCCCCAGCUGUGAAAAAAAGGUUGACAGAUAUUCAGGAUAUUGAAAUUAUGAAAAUGUGGAAAGAAACUCAAGCGAAACAAAUCAGUGACUUACAAGAAAUGACAGGGAUUUUAAAAACUGUUGAGGAUCUGAGUACAGAAGUCGCUGAACUAACAACAAGCAUACUUAAUGAUAACAGCAUUCUUGAUGUAUCGAGGCUUCCAAAAAUAGAUGCAAACAAUGAUUUGCAUUCAAUGCUACCACCAGAAUCACAGGUUCUCUUCUCUCGUAUGUAUACAGAGGAGAACUUAGUGUUGCAAAACUUGUUCAGAAUAGUGCUAGUGAUGUUGAACCAGUUGAGGUUGCAGCUGCAAAUUCACAAGCUGCAAGACCUAUCCCAAUGUCAAUUACAAGUAGAAGCAAGCACCGAAGAUGCAAAAUCUAUGUGCAGCUUGUUUCUAGUCUUACUUGAUCAAAUCGCAAAUCUCCUAGCAGAAGUUCAGAACACUUUGAGAACCAGGAAUAUGAAAUAUGUACCAGACAGUCAUAGAUUCGGAGCACUGGACAGUGUUCUUUUUAUGCCUUCUCCUACAAUCUGUAUCGAUACAAAUGCAGAUUCGGAAAAAGUGGAUGUUCUAAAUAGAUUGGCGUUAACACCUGUAGAAGGAGCUCAUAAAGCUUUGUUUUCUCGUCAUCAACGUAAAGAAGCUGUCACACCCCAGUCUUCUAAGUCAACAGCUAAUUUUUUAGUAUCGAGAAUUAAUCUUGACAAUACUUUAUCGUCGAUAGUAAGCGAACGAUCGACCCCGCAAAACCGAAGAUUCAAGUCGGUGACUCGAAUCAAUUCAAUGAUGACAAAAAAAUCUGACAAAUAUUCUAGAUUAUUUUCUGGACAUCACAAAAUGAAUGUCGGUAAAGCCAACUCCAGCAUACUGUCUAUUCCGUCUAGUCCGAAAGCUAAUUCAACUGCUCUAAUGAAUACCAUUAGUGCAACUAACAGUUUGUCAGAAAUCAGUCUCGACUUUACAGCCAAGAGUAUAUUUAAUUUAAGCAAAGAUAUUAUCAGCGCAGUCUCAGUUAUGACAAAUCCAAAUAAUCUUUCGCCAUUUAAGCAAAAUAAACCUCAAGUAGUGGAGUUAGUACAAGAAGAAAAACUAGGAGGCAUUGCGGAAAAAAAAGUAGAAAACAAUAUGGGUUCGCCAGUGUCGUCAAACAGAGUUAUAAAACCAAUGUUGAAGGACAAUGAGGUAGAGGUAACUAGCAAUUGUACAUCGACCUCCGAAAGUUCCAAGCAACGUAAGAGAAGAUCGAUAAGUGAUUUGGUGGAACGAUACAAACAAGUUUUGGAAAACUCUAGGAUUACAUCUCAUCUAGAAACAAGUGAACAGAGUAAUGAAAGUAAAUGAAAAAUAAUGAACAAGUAAAUGAUUAUUUUGAACAAUAUCGUAAUUUAUAAAUUUCGGAUAAGAUGAACGAGAUAGAUAGCACUCCGAGAAAUAUUAUUUAGUGUAAAACCGAAAUAUUGUUAAUAAACAGUGCAAUUAUGCGAAAUAGUUAUAAAAAAAAAAAAAAAAAAAAAAAAAAAAAUACAGUGAAGAAAAUAUCUGCUUUUCGAUAAUUUUAUUAUUCGCGAAAAUAUUUUUUAUACAUUUAUACCUUGCCAUUAUUUAUAACGAAAAUAAAGUACCAUGUUACUGUAAAUAAAAUAAACUUUACCAAUAAAAUGCAAAAA